GGCAGGGUGCGGUCCUGGCGGUUCCCGAUCCCGGAUCUCUUCAAUUUCCCCUCUCACUCGUGCCCUGGGAGUGGAGACAGCAGCGGCUCCGGCUCCAGCUCCAGCCCCUGCAGCCACCGCCGCCCUGACCACCAGGGCGCCAACCGCGGGGACUCCGGGCAGCCGGGCCCCGGCCCCGCAGCAGCCGCCCCGCUGCCAAAACAAACGGCCCUUCGCUAUUUAUUGGAGGCGGCCGGGCAGGAAAGCUCAGAGCAGGCGGCCAGCCCCAGGCGCCGGGCAGCAGCAGCGGGGCGCACGGCAGCACCUGCCCGGCACACGGCCACCUUUACGCACUGGAUGGCGACCCCCCUGGGGCACGGCGAGCACCCCGGCCGAGCCUGAGGGGCUCCCGGGCUGAGGACCCCCCUGUCGCCCGCCUCCCCUCCCCGGCGGAGCUGCCCAGCGUCCCCGCUGUCCCCGGACUUCCCUGCCAUGAAGCUGGCCCGGCUCCUGCUGCUCCUGAGCGGGUGCGCGCUGCUGCUGGCCCCGGCGGUGCGGGGGUGCGGGCCGGGCCGGGUGGUGGGCAGCCGCCGGCGGCCCCCCAGGAAGCUCAUCCCGCUGGCUUACAAGCAGUUCAGCCCCAACGUGCCCGAGAAAACCCUGGGCGCCAGCGGCAGGUACGAGGGCAAGAUCGCCCGGAACUCGGAGCGCUUUAAGGAGCUGACCCCCAACUACAACCCCGACAUCAUCUUCAAGGACGAAGAGAACACGGGAGCCGACCGCCUCAUGACCCAGCGCUGCAAGGACCGCCUGAACUCCCUGGCCAUCUCGGUGAUGAACCAGUGGCCAGGGGUGAAGCUGCGGGUGACCGAGGGCUGGGACGAGGACGGGCACCACUCGGAGGAGUCACUGCACUACGAGGGCCGAGCCGUGGACAUCACCACCUCCGACCGGGACCGCAACAAGUACGGGCUGCUGGCGCGCCUGGCCGUGGAGGCCGGCUUCGACUGGGUCUACUACGAGUCCAAGGCCCACAUCCACUGCUCCGUCAAGUCAGAGCAUUCGGCGGCCGCGAAGACGGGUGGCUGCUUCCCUGCCCGGGCCCUGGCGACGCUGGAGAGUGGGGUGAGGACCCCGCUGUGGGCGCUGCGCCCGGGGCAGCGGGUGCUGGCUAUGGACGAGCAGGGCCGGGCCACCUACAGCGACUUCCUGGCCUUCCUGGACAAGGAGGCGUCGGCGCCCACCACCUUCCACGUGAUCGAGACCCAGGAGCCGCCCCGUCGACUGGCCCUGACCCCUGCCCACUUGCUGUUCGUGGCCGAGAACUCCACGGCGCCCGCUGCCCGCUUCCAGGCCGCCUUCGCCAGCCACGUGCGGCCCGGCCACUACGUGCUGGUGGCAGAGGUGGGGAUGAGCCUGCGGCCGGCCAGGGUGGUGGAUGUCUCCACCCAGACAGACUUCGGGGCCUACGCCCCCCUCACCCGUCACGGGACCCUGGUGGUGGACGACGUGGUGGCCUCCUGCUUCGCCCUGGUGCAGGAGCAGCGGCUGGCGCAGCUGGCGUUCUGGCCGCUCCGGCUGUACCAUAGCCUGGCGGGCGGGCACAGGACGCAGCCGGAGGGCGUGCACUGGUACUCGGGGCUGCUGUACCACCUGGGCCGGCUGCUGCUGGCCCCGGAGAGCUUCCACCCGCUGGGGACGGCCCAGUUUGAGAGCUGAGGGCUGCCGGGGAGAGGAGAGGGACGGGCGGAGGGGUGGCCAUUGGGCCGCUCUGCCAGGAGCAGCGCCAGGGCAGCUGCCUGGGAAGAGGAGCCAUCCACGCUCUGAAUGCCGCCUGCCCUAGGAAGCGGGGCCGGCUGAGCCCGCGCAGGGCCCGGCCAGAGUGGGCAGGGAGGCUGGGGCACGUCCUGCCCUGGGCCCGGAUCCCGUGUGCCAGCGCGGCUGGGCCCCACCACUGACAGACCCCUGCGGAGCCACCAGCCUGGGGCUGGGGGACCCGUCUCAUGUCCCCAGCUACCCCAGCUGCUCCGGGAGGCCUGGACCUGUGGGGCCCGGAUGCCAGUCUCCCCCCUCUGCUGCUGGCGCCAGGGCUGCCCCGGCUCCCUGCCAGCCUGGGCUCUGCCAACCAGCCCAGGGCCCCGGGACGGGGGCUGCUGGGGGGGGGCGCCCCCAGAUGAAUCUACAUGCUGCUAUUUUUGUGCGUGAGGCGAGUUCCAGGGACAGUGGUGAAGGGGGAGGGGCCAGGCGGGAGCCCCCCCAUGCUGGGGGCAAUGGCGAGGGGGGUGUGGAGGUGCCCAGCACAGGGGCCGGUGCGGGGCAGGGCACAGCAGAGGAGAGAUCUGAGUGCCAGAGCGGCUCCGUGCCCAGCCAGGCCGCCCGGCUACCGGCGCCCCAAGGGCUGGGCUGGGCAGACACCCCCUCCCGGCAGGGCAGCCCCCUGCGCCAGGUGGAGGCAAAGUCGCUGCUGAGAACGAGACGGUGCCCCCAGGGACGGGCCAGCCACGCGGCUUCUGAGGACACGAGGCUGCCCAGCCAGGCCGGGGGGCCCUGGGGUGAGUGUGAGCAGGGGAGCGCACCGGGGGGCUUGGGGCCCGGGGGUGGGGGCGGGUUCCUGGGCACGGUGCGCCGGUGGAGGGCGAGAUCUGGGCCGGGCUGGGCUGCAGAGCCAGGAGAGGUGCCUCUUAGCCAGAUGUGAGCCUGUGUGUGUGUGUGGCGGAGGGGUUACGGGGUGGAGAGCCCCCCCCCCAAAAAAUAUUACUAAAAAUAGCACCAGUGCAGGCCCAGACUCUGAAAUCACCCAUCUCCCCCUGCCCCCACCCCAUCUGUGCCAUUCACGCCCACAAAACCAGGUGCCCCCCGGGCUUUGAAGUGGCUACCAGACUCCCCCCCCCCAGGGUAAGUCAUGGCUGCUCCCCUCGUGACAGGGAACUCCCCCCCGCUGGCAGCACCAGCCACAGGGACCCCCCCAGCUCUAGUCAGUGGCUCAGUGUCUGUGGCUCGGCCGUGGGCCGUGUCCCCCUCCUGCCGCAUCAGCCCCCCGUUAUUUAUUUCUCUGCUCGCUGUAACGGAGCUGGUGUCCCUGUGGCGGAGGCUCCGGGGGUGGGGUGGGGGGGUCAAAGCAGAAAUUAUUUAAAGAUUAUUGUAAAGCCGGCGUGGCUGGCGCCCGUUGGCCGGAGCGGGCCGCAACCCGCUUGUCUCUUCACUGGAGGGCGAUUUCCCGGUCAGGGACAAGGCCAAUAAACCGA